GACUCGGACUCAGAUUCAAUUUCUGUGUCCCUCACGGUCGCACAUGCUGACAGCGCCUUGGACAAGUUUCUCUGCCCUUUCCCCUCCUAUUAAUUAACAUCCACACGCGCGCCGCCAGGACCCUCCUGAACCUUGUAUCCUAGGCCGCUGUUGGCCCAACACCGGGAUCCCUCAGCCGCGAUCUGCAAAAACGGAUUUGACUGUGUUCGAAUUCCCGAUUGAUCCGAUCCGAUCCGAGGUCAUGGGGCUGCUGAAGCUGAAUCAGCUUAUGUCCAUGAAGCGUCGGCGGCGGCGGAAUCGUCGGCGGCAGAUCCAAACCCGUAAUGGAUCUAUUGCUUCAUGUGCAAAAAGCAAGGGUCGACAUGAUGAUGAACAUUCUCUGGAUGGCCAAAUAAAGGGAUACUCAAUAUCAGAUCUCCCUGAGGUGGAAACUCUGUAUAUAGUGCUCAAUAAACUCUCCACAAUUACAUUCCAACUCUCAGAUGUCUCUAAUUCAGUUUACUUUGUGCAUUCAGGUGACUCUGUACAGUUCUAUUGUUUUCCUUAUAGAAAUAAUGUUACUGUGUUUGCCUUUACAAUUCCGCUGUUGAUUUUUCUCCCACACAUGUGCAUGCAGGAUAUCUUGUGUCGUAUACAUUCCUUAAUGCCAAUUCAAGAUGCUGCCCGAGCUGCCUGUGUGUCUCAGACCUUUUUGCAUUCCUGGAGAUGCCGCCCUAACCUCGAUUUCAGUAGGGAAACAUUGGGCUUAACAAAAGAAACACAAAGGGACAUCACCAGCAUAGUUGAUCACAUUCUGCAAAACCACUCAGGCGUUGGAGUGAAGGCAGUCAAGUUUCUAGAUGACAGUUGGCUUUGGAAUAGUAUUAAAAAUCAAGACUUCCGUCAUCUUGAUGUUGAAAAUCAAGACUUCUCUCAUCUUGAUCUCGACCGCUGGCUUCGGAAUACUAUUAAACCAGGGAUUGAAGAACUGAACAUUUCUCUGCAUGGAGAGAAUACAGUGUACAACUUUCCAUGCUCACUUUUAUCUGAUGAAAUUGGAGAGUCACUCCGUAAUCUUAAGCUUGUCGGCUGUUACUUUGAUCCCACAAUCGGACUUGGUUCCUUGAGAAACUUGAGAAGAAUACAGCUGGGUAGCGUGUCUAUUACCGAUAGUAAGCUAGAGUGUCUUCUUUCUAAUUCUUUCUCUUUGGAGCAGUUGGUACUCAGGGUUUGCAGUGGGAUUAUUUGCCUGAAAAUACCUUGCCUGCAGCGGCUGAGCUACCUUGAGGUGAACGCUUGCACUGGGCUGGAAGUGUUAGAGAGCAAAGCUCCAAAUCUAUCUAGCGUUAUCAUUCAAGAAGCCCCCCAUGUACAACUCUCACUUUUGGAAUCGCCGCGUAUUACAAAAUAUUACAGAUCAUGUCCUGGAGCUGCCUUUUAUGCUCGUACUGAGCUUCCAUCCAGCAUGCCAAAUCUCGAGACUCUUAGCUUAGUUUCAAACACUGAGACGGUUAAUACGCCGGUAAUGCCUAGCAAAUUCCUCCACCUCAAGUGGUUGAGUAUUAGUCUUUCUGGACGUGGACAGACCUAUGAUUUGUUUUCUCUGUCAUCCUUUUUUGAUGCUUCUCCUUUCCUGGAGACAUUCAAGUUGAAUGCAUCGCUACAUGUGAAGCGUGGCUCAAUUUUUGAAGAUCGUUCGGAUCUGAGGAAGAUGCCAGAGAAGCAUAGUUACAAGCUCAAGUGUGUCCGAAUCACCAAUUUCUCAUCUGCAAAGAGCUUGAUUGAGUUGACCUGUCAUAUUCUCGAGUCUGCAAUGUCACUCGAGCGCCUCACAUUGGACACCACUCAUGGUGCGCCUAGAUGCUCGGUCAUGAAAACUGUCAGAUGCUGGCCAAUGAAGAAGGAUGCACUUAUGGAAGCGCAUAGAGCACUGUCGGCUAUCCAAACAUACGUCAAGUCUAAAGUUCCUUCAACAGUCGAGUUAAAUGUUUUUGAGCCCUGUAGCCAGUGCCAUGCUGUUGCACUUUAGGUGGUCAAUUAUUCACUGGAACUGUUGGUGUGAGUUUUAUGGUGUCUUAUGCUAGUAACAAAUGGAGGCAAUUAGUAGUGUUAAGAUUAAAUUAGCAUGUGAUCAAUUAGAUUUAAGCAUGUGUCAAUUAGCAAUAACGACAGUUAAUUAGUAACGGCUAACAUUGUAAUUUCGCACGUUUCUCUCACGUUUUCUCCCGAGCGGGCGCCUGUGCCCAAAUCUUGGGGUGCCUGUGCAUAUACAGACGCCUCCUCUCCUUGUAUAAAUCACAGAUUCAUUCUCAAUCA